CGCGUUGACAUCUUAGGUCAAAGUUCAAUUCUACUGAGAAAAGACAAAAAAGAUUAAGAUAUAAAUGAUGUUGUGUUUAAUCACUGUAACAGCUGUUGUUAGUUUGUUCCUGUGGCAGCUUGUCAGGAAAAACCCUCCUAAAGUAAACAAUAUUUAUAGUCAACCAGGGAAGUGGUAUUGGUUGAAGAAGUGGUUAUUCUGUGUUGUUUUAAAGCUUAGAAAAAGAAAGCAAGCCACAGAUAAAUUUAUUAAUAAUGGCGUUCUCACAGGAGGUCUCACAUAUGGAUAUGGUCUUGGACAGAAAGAUCCAGAAACAAUGGAAUCUAUCCAGCCUGUAGAUUUUGAUCCAUUUGCAAUUGAUACAACAUAUUUUGCUGCGUUUGGUACAAAUGGAAUGAAUAUAGUGAUGCGGGUUGCUAGGCGACCUGAUAGAUGUGGUGAAAUUUGGUUAUUUUUAGACCUGCCUGGUAUUGGUCAAUUUCAACAUCCAGUCCACCCUGAUGUUCACAUAGCAAAUAAUGAUAGUUCAUCUUUUAAUAUCUCGGGUUUACAAUUCCAAGUGUUAGAGCCAAUGAAGCAAUGGAGAAUAACUUACAGUGGCUUGCUUAGAGUUGGUUUACACAAUGACAUAAAUGAGAAGAAUGAAAAAUUUGCAUCUGUUCAGAUGUCGUUCAUAUGGACUGCAUUUACGGAUUGUUUUAACUUUGAUACUGAUAUGAGUUCAGAUCUGAUUUCUGAUGGAAUUGCUAGAGAGCCUUGGACAAAACAGUUUUAUCAAAAGUUAGAAAGUAAACAUCAGACUCAUUAUGAACAAUGGGGUGAAUUAAGGGGAAGGAUUAAAGUGGAAGGUUUUGAAGAAGAGAAAGUGUGUUUAAAAACAGUUAGAGAUCAUACUUAUGGUGUAAGAGACUGGAGAGCAUUCCACAGAUAUGCCAUCCAUUUUAUUUGGCUUGAAACUGGUCUUGUAGCCCAGAUUGGUGUUUUAUGUCAACCACAAAUAUUUACACAUUUGAAAAUUGGCUAUGUGUCUUUUCCCAAUGCUGACAUGGUACCUAUAACUGAUGUAGACUUGAAGCUAUGGGAGAUUGGUGAAUCCGGAGAACCACCAGAACAUUAUUCCUUUUCAUUCUGGGCAGAUGGUCAGAAGUUUGAUGUUGAAGUUAAUGGAGGUAUGACACUAGUCUGGUAUCAUCAUGAAGAUAGAGGUAAUAAAAUACUAGAAAGAUUUUCUACCUUUAAAAUUAAUGGUAUACCAGGACGAGGUCUUACUGAGUAUUGCUACAGGAAUUUUGAUGGACCUAGUUAUAUACAAGAUGUAUCUUUACCACAUCUAUAUGAACCAUUAUUAAAAGAUUUAAAUGAAAUAUGUAGAGGAGCUACUAUGGUAUAUUUUACUGAUAUAGCUAGUUGUAAUUCACAGAUUGUAGGGGGUAAAGGUUCACAAUUAGCUCUACUUACUCGAAUACAAAAUCAGAUAAAAACCGUUGUACCACAAGGAUUCUGUUUGACUCUAAUGGCAUUUGAUAAACAUAUAGAGGUAAAGAUAGUAUAUUCUAUUGAUGGAUAAAAUUAAAUUACUGGUAUAAAGAAAAUACUAAAAAAUUAGUGUGGAUAAGAAAACAUUCUUAUGUACAUAGAUGAAUGAAGUCUAUACAAACUAUUGCAACUUAUUAUUGUUUCAUGAAUAAAGUUACCUUUAAAGCCUUGGUUUUGAAUUAUUGUACAAUAACAAUAUACAACAUAAACAUUUUAUUAAUUUCACUGGUGUUAAAUAUACAAAUGUACU